AUGAUCACCCCAACCUCUCGUGGAGCCGACGAGACUCCUGACAAUCUUGUGCACCGUUUGCGACAAUUUAUGCGCUCGCUUUCCCCGGUUCCACCUCGAGCUCCAAUGACUGAGUCUUAUGUCGAAAAAGACUUGGACAAAUGUACUCAUGUGUUCGUCCGGUGUGACCGUGUGCGCCAGCCGCUGGAAUCACCAUAUGAAGGACCGUUCCGCGUGCUCGCGCGCAACACCAAGACCUUCCGAAUUCUUCGCAAUGACAAGGAGGACGUGGUCAGUGUCGAUCGGGUCAAGGCUGCUGUUGCGGAGGAGCCGCCGGACCUGUCACAAGGACAAACAUGUGCUGACCCCCUAACCUCUGUUCCUCCAUCUUCCCUAUCCCCUACUCGUUCACCCUGCCCACCGCCUUGCCCUUCCCCUCCCUUGCCCUCUACCCCUCCGUCCCGCAUACUUCCUCUCCCUACAUGUCAACAGCAUCCAACUGCAACACCAUCGUCCACCACAGCACGCAGUCAACCCUCUUCGACUGUACCUCCUGCAUACAUAACUCGCAGUGGCCGUCACGUUCAUUUUCCUGAUCGUUUAGUUACCCAUUUUUUCUAG